AUGUAUACCGAAACUAUUUCCACGGUUCUUUCUCGGGAACCUAGCCGAAAUGACAGCAAUGUGGAGAAUGUUAUAGGUUCGGUAGUGGGAGAUGAACUCAGUAGUGAAAUUGCUACUGAUAACACAAGAGCUUACUUAUCGUGCGAGUCUGGAGAGAUGGUUGUAAAGAUAAACUUUACAGAACCUUAUCUAGGUGUAAUUUACACCAAUUAUGAUCGUUCGAGUCCUUGCAAACUUUAUGGCGAUGGUCGACAAUACUAUGAGCUCCGGAUUCCAUUAAAAGGUUGCGGGACUAAACAGAAAGUCUCAAGAGUUUUCAUCAACAACAUUCUAGUACGUUUUCACCGUUCUCUGGAGCUUGACGAAGACGAAGUAAAGACGAUAAUUUGUCGUUAUCCUCCGCCAUUGGCUCCUCCACCAAACAACGUCAUUCCCCCAGAGUUGGAACCAACUCCUCCGUUGGCUGCUAUAGCCACUCCAAAGUUAUCAGAGGUGGAGAUAUUAUUAAUUGUAUGUGCUUUACUUUUCUUGACUUUGCUGUUGCUCGGAGUAGGGGUAGCUUAUUACUGUUUGAAGAAACGGAAUGUUAAGAUCGUACGACGAAGAAGAACAGCAUCUUCAGCUCCUGGUAGUGAGAUUACUAAACUUAGUAGCUCAACUAGAGGGCCAAUUACCACAAUAGAAACUAUCAAUAUUCCUCGUGCUUCCGCCAUCACAGGAUCUGGAUCCGAUGCUGCUUUACUGACUUCUGGAUCUUCUCAGCAUGGUUCUGGUGGAACAAGCGAAACUCUUCCUUCUGACUAUCCGAGUGAAUCUCCAUCCUCCAUAAAUUCGGAUGAGGAAACGGAUGGACACAAGAAUAUGUCUGUUCAGGAUAUUUCGAGCAUGAGAAACGGAGGUUACAAGUUUCACAACAGUGCAUUUGUUCCUGAUGAAGGACCAGCAAGACCUGUCUAUCCUUCAGAUCAUGACAACUUUCAGUCAACGGCCUCAUUCUCUGUCGAAACUACCAACAAACCGUUUGAAUACCGAAACGAUGGUCGAAGACAGAAAAUCGUAAAACAUAUGCUUACUACUAUAAUUGAGAGAGAGGACAGUGUUCAGACAGAAUCUUUCAAUGAAAGGCUUACAAGACAACAGCCCUCUUCGAAAGAAGAGUUUCGCUCAACCUCGGAGUAUGUGCCUAAUACAUCACUACAAUUAGAAAACCUUAAGAAAGAUUCAUUCUUUAUGUCUUAUACCUCUUCGCCAUCGUUUGGGACUAAUGUUUUGGAUAAUGGUGAUUUUAUGCAUUCAGAAACUGUUGAAUUCUUACCAGUUAACAAAAAAGUGCUAUCAUCAAGUUCCCACUAUACAUCUUCAUUGUAUGGAAGUAUACCCGAUAAUGAUAACCGAUCCCAAACAGAUGUUGAUUUUGAACCUCCAGUUAGGCCCUACAUCCGUAAGCCUAAAUUGCAAGUUUCUACUUUGGAUGACUAUUUUCUAGAUACAUGGUCAUCAACAGAGAUUCAAGAAGAUAAAGGUGUUAUACGAUGGUCUCACCUUCCAGGUGAUCAAAAAAACGAAUCAACAAAUUCCAUUGACGGCCACGAUCACGAACAGAACUUACAGCCACAACCAAAGUCUCAGAUUACACUUCAAAACAUUGAUGAAGUGUAUUUCUCUAAAACGGAUGAGACGAACUUAACGGAGUACUCAACAAAAUAUAGAAAAGAAAUCACGAAUCAACAUUCCAGAGCGUCAGAAUCAUGGGACGUUAAAUUUCGGCAUUCUCCUCCUAUGUCCACCAGUGAUAACAGCAGAAGUGAAAACUGGGGAAAGGAAAGCGAAAAAGUGAGAGACAAUGAAAGCACGAUAACAGAACCCGAUUUUAAGGCAAAAUUCCAGGAUUCAGCAUAUCCAGAGAGUAAACCUAAAAACAAGUUUUCCGUCCAGGAUGUUGUGUUUAGAGUUCUUCAAUCGCCUCCAACGAAUGGCGCUAAAGACAUAUCCUCAGAGGAUAAGGAGAAAUGGAAGAAACUGAUCCAUUCUGACAAAACCUUUCGAUCUCUUAUUCAAGAGGCAACAACUACUGAAGAAUUGGCUCGAAUCAGUCGAGAUAAACGAUAUGAACAUUUAUACACACCGAAGAAGUGGCAGGUUAUAAUCCGGGUGUUAACAGCGCCUGACUAUAACUAUACAUCAAACAAUAAAGAACAGUGUCAGCAAAUGAAGCAAACUCGAUACAAAAAGAAAACUGAUUACGAUUCGCGGGGUCGCAAAAGUUCUCUCUCUCCACUCUAUGAAGUAGAUUCCGAAACCUCAUUUUCGAAUAAGUCUUCACCUGUUAGCGUACAUUCUCGACGAACGUCUCGGUCUGUGGGCUCACUUAGAGACUUUGAUUGGCGGUCCAUGACGGAAAUGGACGUAGAUUUUACACACGCCGACAAAGAGUCCUUGUGGAGUUUAGACACUUACCGAACUGCUCGCAGUGCAGCUGAAAGGUCUUGUUCAGAGUUUGUAGAAGAAGUGCCAACAAUAUCUAGCCGUCAUCGUUCCAGUCAGUUCCCAGUUCUGGAGCGAUUAACACUUUCACCAGAAACUAUUUUGAGAAGCAAGGACUGUGAAUUCGCGUAUGAUUAUGAUGGUGUACCUGGUGCACUAUUAUCGUCAUCUAGUAGUCAUCUAAAAAGGUUUGUGGACGGUCGUCGAAACUGUUCGAUUUUAGAACGUUCUUCCUCACCUAUUUUAAGGACUUUGGACAGAGCCUCCAGUGUAGGAGAACGGGAAGAAAUCAAAAGUACGACUGAAACUGAUAUUUACGACUGGCAACGAUAA